AUGCCAGGCGUACCAAAUAGGAAAAAAUCAGUGCGAAUUGCUGAAGACUUUGUCGUAGAAGACGGAUACGUUUAUUUUGAUAUGAGUAGAGAAUACGUCAACCAGGUAACCAAUAAAUAGUAACGACUUUCAUUAAAGUCAUUAAAAACAAGUAAAUUAGGGGCCUCAGGCUACUAGCGUUUCCACCUUUGUCAAAGCAAAUGAAAGAAUUGGGAGUCGCUUUGAGUUUGUCAUGAUCGCGUUUUGUCAGGACCUCAUUUUUUUGAUAGGCUAACACUUAAUUGUUUAACACGCACUUCAGUUCUCAUACUCAUCUUUUUCCCAUCUUUAGGGACAGGUUUUCAAAUUUUGUGUGUCUCUCUUAAAAAUGCGUUCAAUUUGUUAAUUAUUAAUUACAUCAUCCUCGUUUUGAACAAAAGAGGCUUACACCUCUUCACAUGGUGCAUGUUUUCCGAAUUGCCAAAUUUGGUAAUUCACCAACUAUCUCAGUCAUUUCAAGAACUCCCUUGUUUAGCCUCUUCUCGUAUUUUAUAAACAAGGAAAACCAACGGAAAGGAAACAAUGCCUUCAUAGAUAUUUUUAUUCUUGACACUGUCAGUUUAUAAAAAAAAAAAGGAUUGUUUUAGGCCGGAGAGUAAAUAUUUCGGAUUUGCAUGUGUGUGGGUGUGAUUGUUUAUAUUUAUUAGUUAUAAGAAGCGGACUAACAGCUACAUCUUCUUUGGGGACACAUAUGUUAGGUGGAUUCAUGCGUGAUAAUUUUCUUCCACUCUUUUACAAAAUUUAUUUAUCGACAAUUGACGGAUGCGAAAGCCGAUUGCCUCUGUUUACAGUGCAAAAUUUUUAGUUUGCUUCCAUUUUUUCUCAGGCGUUCACGAAAAUACAUACCUCACCAUCAAACAUGUGGUGCUUGUGAUAGUGUGGGAGGAGUGGGAGCAUUUUGAUUUUUCUACGUUAAAAAAUCAAGAUUUUGGCAAACCUAAAAGUUGAGCUCCCAUAAUGAUACUGAUAAUAAAGAAACAAAUUUAGACCGUUGCAGCAAUGAGUGCCUGUAAACUAGCAUGGAUAAGCUAAGUGCACUUUCCACCAUAAAAAAAGCCUUUAAACCUGUUAUUAAUUUUAUUAAUGAGAUGAGCGAAAAUUGUCAAACUAUAACUAUUCAUUUAUCAUAAUAAUUAUGUUUUCUACCAGCACUUUUAACACACCUUUCCCUUGUUGUUCUUCUAAUAGACAUCUACAAAAGAGGCUUGCAAAAGGCAACUUUGCCUUAACCAGUGCUGCAAUCAAAAUCCAUGUGCUCACGGAGGGAUCUGCACACACCUAUGUGAUGUAGCCAAACAAAAGUUCAACUGUACAUGCUCGGAGGGAUAUUUUGGCAGAUAUUGUCAAAGGGAGAGAGCAACAUCUUGCAAAGCGCAACGGCAGAAAAAGGAAGGGAGCAAGUCAGGAGUCUAUCAACUGUUUGACCUAGCAACUAAUUCCAUGUACGAAGUCUUCUGUGAUAUUGACUCUGAAAAGAGAUUCGUUUGGACUCUGAUCGAAUCUUUCAGCCUUCGCAAUAAUAAUGAAUUUUGGGAUAAAGCAUUCUACAAAAACUAUCCGAUAAAUCAGAAAGAAUUUACUUGGAGCAAGUUUCGUUUAUCUCGCGCUCUUAUGAUGGCCACAGCAAACAACUCAACUCACGUUCGAGCAACGUGCAACUUUGAUAGUGAAAAACGCAACUACAGAGAUUACUUAAGAGCCAAGUUAAGUGAACUCGAUGUUAUGCAUUUUGAUUCUAUCGAGUGCACAAAAUUUGAAUUCGUUAGCGUUCGAGGAUAUAACUGUAGCAACUGCACAGCCCUUUUUGGCCAAUCUGAUAAAAUGCAUGCGCACAUCGAUUCUUAUUGGGGUUCGGAACAACGGUAUAAAUGCCAGUUUACCGGCGCAUUAGUAGGUGCUGUUAAGAGACCUGGAGGCGAAGAUAACUUCGGUUAUUAUGAAACAGUCAAUCUGAAUCACACAUGUACGUUGAGUGAUGAUUCUACUACUCAGUGGUGGUUUGGAGUACAUGAAUGA